CACUCCCUUUCUAUUAAACAUUUAGAUGAAGGUUUUAAUUUCAAAUGAUGAUGGGCCUCCCAGUUUGGAAGAAUCCCCUUUUAUUUUACCUUUUAUUCAGCAUUUGGAGAAUCUCGGCUGGGAUGUCAAAGUAUGUCUUCCCGACAGCCAAAAGUCAUGGAUUGCAAAGUCCUUCAUGAUCAAGCAAGAGAUUCAUGUGCGAUAUUACAAUCGAGUGACAGGCGAAAUAAGUGAUGAGCAACACCAUGACAACGAUUUUGUGUUGCUGAGUGGAACACCAGCUACAUGUGUCAAUAUUGCACUGAAUCAUUUGUACAAGGACGAGGUAUUUGAUAUGGUCAUUGGUGGACCAAAUUACGGACGAAACAUUUCGACGAUUUUCACGUUAGCGUCAGGUACAGUGGGAGCUGCCAUGGAAGGCGUUUUAAACAAGUGCAAAGCGAUUUCGGUGUCGUUUUGUUUCUGUAACCGACGAGUGGAAUGUAUUCAGAAUUGUUGUGAAACGGCAUCUGAUAUUAUCCAGCACGUAUACAAGUACCCAUGGCCUCAGAAUGGGAUGUAUAAUGUGAAUAUUCCCAUGCUGGACUCUAAAUGUCCUAUCCAUAUCACCAAAUUUCAUCAGGCCAGUUAUGGAUCGUUAUUUGAGAAGGUGGAAGGAGAAAAAUUCAAGUUUGCGCCUGAUUUCACGGCGAUUAAUGCGGAUCGAGAUGGUUUGCCUGGGACGGAUAAAUGGGCCUUAAUGAAUGGAUGCGUAUCAGUGACUCCUAUGGUGGCUUCUUUUCAAACAGAUGCCUCUGCUUACAAUAUCGAUUACAAUUUUGAGUCAAUCAAUUCAAAAUAUGCCUCCCAUUAGAAAAAAGCUACUUUUUAGACACAAAUGUUUCUCCCACACACACACACACAUUUCAGAUUUCUUUUUUGACGCAGAUUCAAUUGGUCGAGAAAAAAUAAACCAUUUUUUUUUCUUUAGACCCAAAACAACCACAUUCUAAAC